UGUGCCCGAAGGUCCAUCAAACGCUGCCCCCUGCUGGGACCGGCUCGGCCAUGGCUCGUCGGUGGCGGCGGCGGAGGAGGAGAGGAGGAGGAGGAGGAGGUGGAGGAGGAAUUGCAGAUCGAAACCGGUGCACUGUGCUUGCAACAAAAAUUGUGGCUACAGAACUCUGUCAAUGGAAGGAGUAGGGAGAUGCUACAAUAGAAAUGAUUUUUUUUCCUUUUUUUUUUCAGGGAUACAACAGAAAGGAGUUGGUGGAAGAGUGAAAUUGGAAUUUAUUAUUCUCCAAUUAUUUUCUGUGAAUCUGUUCUCAAAUGUAGACAACAUAUCGUGGGGCAGAUAAACCGGUGGAAAUUCUCUGUGCCACCAAUGAUACAAGUACUUGAGUUGAUGGAUAGUCACUUCCCAGUCAACACAGGAGAAUUGGUUUGAUGCUUUGAUGUUGAUGGUACCACCAUGGAGAAUGCAAGUAAGAAGAAAGAGAAGUUUUGUUAUUUGGAACUGCGGCGAAAGGAAUUUCCACGCUUUAUUUCCAACCUGUCCUUCGGAUGAAUCUAGAGCUGAUUGGUCUUUUCUGGGAGCCAUGAUGUGGAAAAGGAGCUCUUGCAGGGAAGUUAUUACUUUGCUGAUUAUGUCUUUGUGGUUAGAAAGAUGUUUAGGAACAGACAGCAUCUCUGCAAAUGAAACACUUCCAGAUGGGCAGACCAUAGUGUCCAUGAAAAAUGUGUUUGUACUUGGUUUCUUUAGCCCUGGAGCUUCAAGUCAUCGAUAUGUUGGUAUAUGGUACAGCAACCCAGUAAAUAGAACAAUCGUAUGGGUUGCUAACAGGAACGAACCACUAUUAGAUGCUUCAGGAGUCCUUAUGUUUGAUGUUAAUGGAAACCUGGUCAUUGCGCAUGGAGGCAGAUCACUCAUAGUGGCUUAUGGACAAGGAACCAAAGACAUGAAAGCCACAAUCCUGGAUUCUGGUAAUCUUGCCCUGAGCAGCAUGGCUAACCCAUCAAGGUAUAUAUGGCAGAGUUUUGAUUCUCCUACUGAUACAUGGCUCCCUGAAAUGAAGAUUGGACUCAGGACAACAAACCAAACACUCAUUUCAUGGUCGAGCAUUGAUGACCCAGCAAUGGGGGAUUACAAACUUGGAAUGGAUCCUGCUGGGCUGUCACAUCCUGCUGGGCUGUCACAAUUCAUUGUCUGGUGGAGAGGGAAUAAUUUUUGGACCAGUGGACACUGGAGUGGUGACAUGUUUUCUCUCAUCCCAGAACUAAAAUUUUUUACCACCAUCCCAAUUUUCUUCAAAUGUAACAAUUCUACCAAUGACAUCACUUGCACAUACUCUGCUAACCCAUCCGAUAGGAUGACAAAGAUUGUUUUGAAUUCAACUGGAUCAUUAAGCAUCAUGCAGUUUGAUUCUCUUGAGAAAUCAUGGAUUUUGUUAUGGAGACAGCCAAGUACUUGUGAAGUUCAUAACCUAUGUGGAGCUUUUGGUAUAUGCAAUGACAAUGAUGCAGUGCCUAAGUGUUAUUGUACAAAAGGAUUUGUUCCACAGGACAUAAUAGCAUAUACUAAUGGGUAUACCAGGGAGGGCUGCAACAGGCAGACCAAGCUGCAAUGUAGCAGUGACGAGUUCUUUGAGAUUCCUAAUGUACGGCUUCCUGAUAAUAGAAAGAAGCUGCCUGUUAUGGGUCUUAGUGAGUGCAAACUGGCAUGUUUGAUGAACUGCUCUUGUACAGCUUAUGCUUAUUUGCAGUUGGAUGGAUGCAGCUUGUGGUAUGGUGAUCUUAUGAACUUGCAGGAUGGUUAUGAUGUUCAUGGUGCAGGAACUCUAUGCCUUCGUCUGGCAGCGUCAGAAGUAGAAUCUGGAAGAAACUCAGGCUCGGGUCACAAAAUGCUUUGGAUGGCGUGUGUGAUUCCACCUGUUGUAGUUCUUUCCUUUUGCUCCCUUUCCUUUGUUCUUUGGAGAAGACGGAGUCAAAACAAAGGUAAAGAAAAUUUACAUGCUCACCACUCCUUGAUGACUCUGGAUACGGACAGUGCAGUCAAACUUUGGGAGAGUGAAGAAGCAGGUUCUCAGUUUGUGCUGUUUUCCUUCUCCCAAAUAGCAAAUUCCACCAACAACUUUUCAGCUCAAAACAAGCUUGGUGAGGGGGGGUUUGGUCCUGUGUACAAGGGAAACUUACCUGAUAGGCAGGAUAUUGCUGUCAAGAGGCUUGCAACAAAUUCGGGACAAGGGUUAGUUGAAUUUAAGAAUGAGGUCCUGCUGAUAGCAAAACUUCAACACGUAAAUUUGGUUAGGCUUUUAGGCUGCUGCAUCCAAGGGGAAGAAAAGAUACUUAUCUACGAGUACAUGCCAAAUAAAAGCUUGGAUUUCUUCCUCUUUGAAAAAUCAAGAAGUGUGGUAUUGGACUGGAGAAAGCGAAUACAUAUAAUUGAAGGAAUUGCUCAUGGUCUUCUUUAUCUUCACAAACAUUCUAGACUGAGAAUUAUUCAUAGGGACUUGAAAGCAAGCAACAUUCUGUUAGACAUUGAUAUGAACCCUAAGAUCUCUGAUUUUGGCUUGGCGAGAAUAUUUGGCUCUAAAGAAACUCAAGCUAAUACAAACAGGGUUGUUGGGACAUAUGGUUACAUGGCUCCUGAGUAUGCCAUGCAAGGCAUUUUCUCGGUUAAGUCUGAUGUGUUUAGCUUUGGGGUGUUGCUUUUGGAGAUCGUCAGCGGAAUGAGAAAUGCAGGAUCCCACCGACGUGGGCGCUCUCUUAACCUCCUUGGUCAUGCCUGGGAGUUAUGGAGGGAAGGCAGAUGGUUUGAUCUCGUUGAUCCAUCAACACGUGAUGCAUAUCCUGAGCAUAGGGUACUGAGAUGUGUUCAUGUUGGCCUGAUGUGCGUCCAAGAGAACGCUGUUGAUCGUCCCACUAUGAGCGAUGUCAUCUCAAUGCUUACUAGCGAAAGCAUCACCUUACCUGAUCCUAGGCAGCCUGCUUUCCUCUCCAUUGUGCUUCCAGCCGAAAUGGAUGCCCAUGAUGGAUCCUUUUCUCAAAAUGCAAUGACAAUUACUGAUCUGGAGGGUAGAUAAUAAUAUCAUGUCCACCUGUCCAGCAUAUGCUGUUCUUAAAGCUUGAUCAAAUCCAUUUGGCAUAAUGUAUUGUAUGUUCUUACAGCUGGACAUGCUUAUUGAUUGACAGAGAAAAAUCUGAAAAUUGAUGAGUUUCACUGUGGGUGCCGUA